GACCUGACUGAAUAGUUACAAUAAAUCAUAUGAGUCAUGCAAGUACACAAAGAGCCAUCCAGUUCCAAUCCUCCUUAGAAUACACAUACCGUUAACGUUUCAGUUUGCUCAAUGUCCUCCCGGACAUCCAGCCCUAUUAUCCUCUCGAACCCGUCUAUACACACCCCCUCACAACCUUCUAGCCCGAACGUGUGGUCUGCCGUCUGCAAUGUGUACGGCAGCUUGGACGUGACUUCCUCCGCGAAGAUCGGCUUUGGGGUGAAGCAAGUUUUAUCCGGUGCCAGCGUAAUAUAUUCGGACGGUGGCAAAGGUCGCGACGGGGGCGGAAAUGUGAGUAGCUGUACACAAGGAGACGCCGGGACGGGAGACGGUGAGUGGCCCAUACUCGACAACGGCGAAACCGACAGUGGGAGCACUGAAUCCACUAUCACACCUGUGGGCCGAGCAGCCCAGCGCACAUGCCGCGUUCCGUAAGUGUAGCAUACGUGAGUGUUCGCUGGAUCGCUCGAACAGUCAAGCCAUCUUGCACGGGCUGCCCAACCCUUCCACUGGAUAUGUGUUGUGA